CUCCUGCUGUUUUAGCAGUCGCGGCAGCCGGUGGCCGAAAACCAACGCGAACAGAAGCGCUGCUUCCUCCACGUCCGUUCUCUGAUCAUGGGCAAAGGCAGAAGUGGAAGAUUCAAGGACCAUCACCAUCACAGAGGGCAAUCCAGCAAAACCCAUCAAGCUGUGAGGGAAGAUGAGUCCCUACCGAGUGAGCCAGUUGAUAGGGAGAAGGAGGAGGAGAGUACAGUGCCCAAAAUUCAGCUUGCAAUGUGGGAUUUUGGGCAAUGUGAUGCAAAAAGGUGCACGGGACGGAAACUUUCAAGAUUUGGCUUGAUAAAAGAGCUGCGCGUGAAUAGUGGGUUUGGUGGCAUUGCUUUGAGUCCUGUUGGGAAACAGUGUGUCUCAAAAGAAGACUACAAUUUAAUCAAGAGGAAAGGAUUGGCUGUUGUUGACUGUUCAUGGGCACGCUUGAGUGAUGUACCUUUCAUAAAACUUCGGUGUUCUGCUCCACGCCUCUUGCCUUGGCUUGUAGCAGCUAAUCCAGUAAAUUAUGGUCGACCGUGUGAGCUAUCAUGUGUUGAGGCAUUGUCUGCCGCUCUCAUAAUAUGUGGAGAAGAGGAAACUGCAAAUUUGUUGCUGGGAAAGUUCAAGUGGGGUCAUGCUUUUCUUUCUCUAAAUAGGGAACUUCUCAAAGCAUACUCUCAAUGUGAAAAUGGUGCUGAUAUUAUUUCGGUCCAAAAUUCAUGGCUUUCCCAACAGAAAGAAAUUCCGAAGGUCCCAGCCGACGUAGAAGGGACGGCCACGGAAUCCCAUGACGAGGACGAGGACGAGGACUCGUGUGAUUCUGAAGAUGGGCUUCCACCUCUGGAGAGGAACAUGAAUCAUUUAGUGCUCCAGGACAGUGAAGAUGAGAGCGAGUAGCUGUUGUUGACUAUGGUCCGUUCAUGCUUUCGCUGUGACAGUGUCCCAUCUCUCUUUUUAUCUUCUUAGUUGGCUUCUGCUCUGUAUAUGGAGAAGUUUUAAUUAGCGGGUUUGGUAGGAUCAGCUUUCAUGUCAUGGUAGGACGUUUUUGUGCUUGAAUUGUGGAUCAUGUUGAGCUGCUCCCUGCCAUGCGGCAGUUAUCUGAGUAAGGUUGUUUGAAACUUUUGUGCAUCUGCUGGUGAGUGAGCUUGAUAGAGAAAAGAAAAGGCAUGGGAGUGAGUAGAGUUUUGCUCAGAAAGAAAUCUUUCAGGAGUUUCUUCUCCAAACACAUUGUAAAAUUCUCCUUUUCUCUUAUGCACCCCAUGUAAGGCACUUUGCUAUUGAGAGGAGAGAGAGGAUUGAAUGGAUUUCGACCUUUCUCAGAAAAGCCCCAUUUAAAAAGCGUGGGUUGUGACUAUCAAGACUUUGCUACAUUUUCUGGAAAUCGAAUGUGAUCUCUGUACAUUGCUCGAAGAA